AGUAAAAUGUGCGAAACAGCCGUUGAAUAUUUGAUUGAUUUUUUCACCCGUUACAUUAAUCAUUUGGAGAAAGUUGUAUACCUAUAAUGAAAGUAAAUCUAGAUAAACCUACAUUUGUGUUGAAUAAUAAAAGUUUGCUACAAGUUCUACCUGCACAAUGGAGGCUAUUCCAGACCUUUAUAAUGUUGAUAAUUAUGGUUAUAGUGACCUGGAUAACCGACCAGUUUGGCUACCUGCAGGCCUCGAAAAUUUCAUUGCAGUUAAUGUUGACUCGGGAAUUUCACUUUGAAUCGGACAAUAACGUUCAAUGUGCUGACAGUUAUCCAAACUGUUUCAAUGCAGAUAUUUUACACCGAUUAAACAAUUCUGUAACAAACCCAAGUUUUUAUUCCAAAAGAAUGGUUGUUCCUGCACCUGCCAUAUAUUUGAAGCUUCACGAAGGAAUAGGAAAUCAACUAUUUCAAUAUUCGUGUGGUUAUGCACUAGCGAGAAAGCAUAAUUAUCCUUUGUAUCUCAAUGUUCCCGACCAACUCGUCUCAAGUUCAUCUUCUGUGAGACCAAACCCAGCGAAAGUACGACCCUUGCUGUCCCUGCACUCCUUUGACAUCCCACUUCACUUGAACGUGGUGAAUGACACUUGGAAAUUUGAUUCUUCUCCUCAGGAACUUGAUGACCGUACAAUACUCGCAGGCGGUUACAAUUUAAACUCGAUCCUGCAUCCCACCGGCCUUUGCCAAUCGGAAACUUUCUUUUUCCCAGUCAAAGAAGAAAUAUUAACCUUGUUUCAACAAAAAGCAAUAUUGUCAAGAGCAGUGGAAAAGUUGGUGGGUCUCAUCAAGAACUCGGAAAGUGUAGCUGUUCAAAUUCGCCAGGGGGAUGUACCCGAUGGGAAUCGGGUGCCACUAGCUUAUCAUAAAUACGCAAUGAAACAUAUUUUACAAGAGCUAGGCCCCACCAGCCAUCCAACAUUUUUUAUAUUUUGUGAAGCUGAGGAAGAGGUUGAGAUUUUGAGACAAGAAUUCAGUCCCGAAAUCAUACAUCAAAGUCAGCUACAUUUCGUAUGCGAUACAAAUGCGUUGAGCUAUCAGCAGUAUUUUUAUGCCUUAUCGAAAUGCAAGCAUAGUAUUAUCUAUAAUAGUUUUGGGUGGUGGGCUGCUUAUCUUAAUACAAAUUUAGAGAAGUUCGUGGUCGCGGCGCAUUUUGACCCAGAAGAGAUUGAGUUAAUGUUUAAAGAUCCAAGGGAGUCGUUUUAUAUGAAAUGGCAGUUUAGAUAUAUGUAUUUCCCAAUUAAUUGGCAUGUCGUAGAUAUAAAAACAUUAGAUGUGUAAUCUUUACUAUGAUGAAUAAUCUUUAAUAUGAUGAAGCACUGAUUUACGCAGGGCUGUGGUACUUAAUUACUUUUGUACUUAAUUACUUACUUAAUUACCGAACUUGAAGUAAUUGGUAAUUGAUAAUUGAUUUCAAUUACUCCGGUAUUUGUCAAAGUAAUUCUGUACUUAAGUACUUGAAGGACCUGGAGUAAUUAAAAUUGGAAGUACUUAAUUACUUGGCCAAGUAGUAAUUAGUAAUUGAAUACUCAAUUACUUUGAUCAAUUACUUAAUCGAACAUACUUGGAAUGAAAUACGACAAGUCUCCCUCUCCCGAAGAACUCGAAUUAUGUAAAUAUUUACAUAUCUUUUGUUGUGAACACUUUGGUCAUCAUUCCCAUUAAGCUUUUGCACUUCAAGCUAAUUACAAUUUUAUAUUACAAUUGUUUCAACUGGCUAGGUUCCAUGGGCUGCAAAAAUUAUCUAAGCAAUGUCGUUAGUCAGAGUCAGGUAAAAUACAAUAGAUAGAAAUGUACGCAUUAACAACUUUAAUGUUAUAAUUGUGGAAAGAAAAUGCCAUUAUCUCUCUGGAGUAAAGAUCCGCGGCAAUUUUAAACUUUUGGAUCAUAUAAAUGAACUGUUUGCUGUACCAAGAUAUUUAUAAAAGUUUUAUCCUGUUCGAAAAUGAUUUUUUUGGUCGAAAGUUAGCCUUUAAAUAGCGUUUAAUUAAUUUGAAGUGUGAUUAUUAAGUAAUUAGUAAUUAAGUAAUUGACUUUCAAUUACUAAUAAGUAAUUGGUAAUUGAAUUCAAUUACAUGCUUGCAAAGUAAUUGUAAUUGAUAAUUAAGUUCAAUUACUGGACAAAGAAGUAUUUGUAAUUAGUACUUAAUUCCAAUUUUCGCAGACGGAGUAAUUAAGAAUUAAGAAUUAAUUACUUCCAUUUGUAAUU